GAUUGUGGGAUCUCAGCAGAGUCGGGCACUGAAGUCCACGGUAAGGUCAGCCUCCCUACAGCCCAAGAUGUCGGUCGUGUGUUUCUCCUUGAAUCGUUGCGGUGGCAUGGCACUUCGCUCCUCCGCCGGAGUCGUGGCGAUGCGCUAUGCGCAGACAGCUGCUGCCCCCGCAGCCCAACCCAGGAUCAAGAAGUUCCAGGUGUACCGCUGGGACCCUGAUACGGCCGGAGACAAGCCCCGCAUGCAGACCUAUGAGAUUGACCUGAACCAAUGUGGCCCCAUGGUGCUGGACGCCCUGAUCAAGAUCAAGAACGAGAUGGACCCCACGCUGACCUUCAGACGGUCCUGCAGAGAGGGUAUCUGUGGAUCAUGUGCGAUGAACAUCAACGGAGGCAACACUCUAGCCUGUCUAAACAAGAUCGACACAAACACCAGCAAAGUCUCCAAGAUCUACCCCCUGCCUCAUAUGUAUGUUGUCAAAGACUUGGUUCCUGAUAUGAGCAACUUCUACGCCCAGUACAAGUCCAUCGAGCCCUACCUGAAGAAGAAGGACGAGUCUCGGGAAGGCAAGGAGCAGUAUCUGCAGACAGUAGAGGAUCGUCAGAAACUGGAUGGGCUCUAUGAGUGUAUCCUGUGCGCAUGCUGCAGCACCAGCUGUCCCAGCUACUGGUGGAAUGGAGACAAAUACCUGGGACCCGCUGUUCUUAUGCAGGCGUACCGCUGGAUGAUCGACUCUCGGGAUGAGUUCACAGAGGAGCGUCUGGCUAAGCUGCAGGACCCAUUCUCUUUGUACCGCUGUCACACCAUCAUGAACUGCACUAAGACCUGCCCCAAGGGGCUGAAUCCAGGGAAAGCCAUCGCAGAGAUCAAGAAAAUGAUGGCCACAUACAAGGAGAAGAAGUCAGCCACUGCAUGAAGACUUUCUUUGCCACACCUGUACCCUCACAACCGUCCCCUCCCGUAAUGUACAGUACAGUAAUCACAAACCUCGGAGAGACCCUUACAGACCGCUCACUACACAGCCCUCUCAGAGUUACACUCCAACGCAAGUGACCCUAGAGCUAAGAGGAAUCAGAGCUUUUUACGCACAAGGAUGGCUCUUUGUGUGUGUGUGUGUGUGUGUGUGUGUGUGUGUGUGUGUGUGUGUGUGUGUGUGUGUGUGUGUGUGUGUGUGUGUGUGUGUGUGUGUGUGUGUGUGUGUGUGUGUGUGUGUGUGUGUGUGUGUGUGUGUGUGUGAGUGAGUGUGAGAGAGAGAAAGUAAGUGUGUGGGUGAAUGUGUAUGUGUGAGCGAGAGAGAGAGCAAACACAGGAAAGAGUGAAGAAAAUGUGUGUGAGUGCCUAAUAAAAAAAGAUGACAGGCUGAAGUAGUAUUCUGCAUUCCUAGUUUGUAUAGCCUGUUGUAGAUCUGGAAUGUGUGUGUGCAUGAGUCUGUUCAGAGUGAGAUGGUUAACCAUAUACAGAUUCCACCAGAUUUCAUGUUCUUCCACCUAAACAGCAGACUGGCUUUAUGUGUAAUUGAUAGUAACCUUGCACAUCUCUGGAGCUAUUUCAGCUGCUUAUACAGAGAUUAUAUAUCUGAUGUUGUAAUUAUAUUUUUGUUAAUGAUCAGAAGUAAUUUAUGACCAUAAAUACACAGGGUGUUGAACGGCGGACAAUAGUUUUGAUCAAUCUUCAUAUCCAAUACUCCAUAUUUUCAGUAAAUAAAGUUCAUAUUUAUCAAAGUA